AUGUCGAUACUUCAGAAGCAGUUUCAAAAAACUGUUUUUGAGAUCGAAAUGGCCUCGAAAGAUAAGAAACAAAUGAGCACGGUGAAUUCGCUGUUUCUCGACUUGCCGUUACUCAAUCGUUCCAAAAGCGUGAAGCCGGGAUUCAUUACUCCAAUGAAACGAACAACAAAGGACAAAAUUCGUCGUAAGCAAAGUUCGCAUGCUUCAUGUUCGUCGAAAAGUGAACAACUUGAUAACGGAGCCCAAAGCAGAGUGCGAAAUAAGCUGAGGCGAGCAGAACGAAACAAUGAAGCUGAUUGGCAAUUUGUCUCAAUGGUCAUCGAUAGAAUAUUGCUGAUCAUAUUUGCCUUCUCGAUAACAGUUGGAACUCUGCUCACCAUUGUUUCUGCACCAUCUAUUACGGACACCAGAAAACCCAUUACAACAUUUCAUUAA